CAGCCUCAAAAUAAUUUGCAAACAACCAUGUUCCUGCGCGAGGACGAACUCCACGAUGCCACAGAAAACCCAUGUUGAUGCCGACUCACUCUUUAUUUCUCAAAUAUGUCCAUUCGCGUCCUAUUACGCGAGUAUCCCCAGCGCUCGAUUGCUCUUGUGACGCCCUCCCAUGCCCUGAUAUUCCGCCAUAGUCCAACUACAAACGAUGCUAUAGCCAAUGGAUCUCUCAUCUCAGUCCAAUCUCCGCCUCCUCGCACAUCUGUAGAUGGGGCAGCCGCUCCGCGAUGCAUGGUCGAGUUCUCAGAUGUGGCUUCCGUUGAUCUCAGCGACUAUCGAACAUUGAGCCCGCUGCCGGUCCACGGAACACUCGGGUUGAUCACAAUCAACAACGAUGUCUUCCUAUGUGUUGUGACAGGUGCUGUGAAGGUGGCUUCUGUGCGGCCAGGGGAGACGGUGGAGAAGAUAUACGGGGUGGAGUUUCAUUGUUUGAACAGCAGCGACUAUGACAACACGUUUAGCGACAACCUGGAUCCAUACUCGGCGGGGGAACAAGACUAUGGCUCGAAUGUCUCCCGAAGAGAUCCUCUUCUGGAACAUCCAUGCGUGGAGCUGCAGAAAUUGUUGGGCAAUGGCAGUUUCUACUACAGUACCGACUUUGAUCUUACGAACAGGCUCCAGGAUCGAUCUACAGAUGCAUCUUCCUUUGAUAUAGACAACCUCGACAGUUCUUUUCUUUGGAAUUCGUAUAUGAUCAGUCCGCUGCUCAAGUUUCGAUCCCGGCUAGUGAAACGUGAAAGAGAAGCACUGGACAGCUCCGGAAUCCUUACGUCUGCCAUUCGUGGCUUCGUCCUUACAAUCACGAUACCUUCAUCCUCUGCACCACUGCGAACUACAAGGACAGGACUUCCGUCGUCCUUGACUCUCAUAUCACGGCUUUCAUGCCGAAGGGCGGGGACGAGGUUCAAUAGUCGUGGUAUUGAUGAUGAUGGCAAUGUUGCAAAUUUCGUCGAGUCAGAGACCAUAUACUGGAGUCCAUCAGUGGUUGGCCAAUCAGACCCAUCUACGAAUGAAAAACCCUCCGGAAUAUGCUUCUCAUACGCGCAGAUAAGAGGAUCUGUUCCUGUGUUCUGGGAGCAAUCUGCGGGUCUUCUUCCAGGCCAGCAGAAGAUAUCGAUAACUCGCUCCGCCGAGGGAACUCAACCAGCAUUCGAUAAACAUUUUACAGAGCUUGAGCAAAAUUAUGGCGCUGUCCAUGUGGUGAACUUGCUCAGUGAGACGAAGCCUGGUGAAGCGGAAUUAACGAAUCUAUAUCGGUACGGAGUUAGACACUCCGUACUGAAUUCUCGUGACAACAAGCAUUCCCAUGACCAUGAGCUGUUGAGAGAAACAGAAUUCGAUUUUCAUGCGGAAACGAAAGGCCCCAAUGGAUACGAAGCAGCCAGUUUGAUACGGAGGCUGAUUGAGAAUUCAGCAGACGGUUUUGCUUACUACUUAUCAGAAGAAGUUGAAGAUCCUGUCGAAGACUCGAAUGAGAAACCCCGUCACAGGACAGUCGUGGUUUUACAGCAAGAAGGAGUCUUUCGAACGAACUGCCUAGAUUGUUUGGACAGAACCAAUCUCAUCCAGACAAUCAUCUCUCAAAUGGCCAUUGAAUCGUUCCUUGGACAUCGAGAAGAGCACGCUGCCUCGGAUUUCUGGAUGCGUCAUUCAAGUCUAUGGGCUGACAAUGGAGAUGCUUUAUCAAGGAUUUAUGCUGGGACCGGUGCUCUCAAGUCCUCUUUCACGCGACACGGCAAGAUGUCGUUAGCUGGAGCGAUUGCAGAUGCCAGGAAAAGUGCGACUCGACUAUACAUUAACAAUUUUGCAGACAAGGGGCGUCAAAAUACCAUUGAUGUCCUCCUGGGCCGAAUGGUUGGACAGACGCCAGUCUAUCUUUUCGAUCCGAUUAAUGACUAUGUGACUUCUGAACUAUCCAAGCGAAGCUCCGAGUUCCAGUCUACACAGACCAUCAGGAUAUGGGCUGGGACUUUCAAUUUAAACGGUCGCACUGAUGGGAUUGAACAAGAUCUGUCCUCUUGGCUUUGUCCAGAUCUCGACCCUUCGCAGCAGAAUCCAGAGAUUGUAGCUGUUGGUUUCCAGGAGAUCGUCGAACUUAGCCCUCAGCAGAUUAUGAACAGCGAUCCAACAAGGAAGCAAGCCUGGGAACGAGCUGUGCGCAAGACGUUGAAUCGACAUGCACGUGCGGCUGGCAGCGAGCAUUACGUCCUCUUGCGAAGUGGUCAGCUUGUAGGAGCUGCGCUGUGCAUUUUCGUCAAAUCUUCUGUUCUUAAAAAUAUCAAGAACGUCGAGGGCAGUGUCAAGAAGACUGGGAUGUCUGGGAUGGCAGGCAACAAGGGAGCUGUAGCUAUUCGCAUGGACUACGCCAACAGUCAGAUCUGUUUUGUUACAGCUCAUUUAGCCGCCGGUUUCGCCAACUAUGAGGAACGAAAUAAGGACUACGCUACCAUCCACCACGGCCUGAGGUUUCAAAGAAAUCGUGGCAUCGACGAUCACGACUGUGUGAUCUGGAUCGGCGAUUUUAAUUAUCGUAUCGGACUUGGCGCAGAGCGAGUGAGACAGCUCGUGAAAGCCGGUGACCUGGAGAGCCUCUAUGAAAACGACCAGCUGAAUCUGCAAAUGGUGGCUGGUCUUACUUUCCCGUUCUACUCAGAGGCGAGAAUUACUUUUAAUCCGACUUACAAGUACGACCUCGGAAGUGACGUAUAUGAUAGUUCCGAAAAAGCGAGAAUACCUGCCUGGACGGAUCGAAUACUCCGGAAAGGCACCAAUCUCCGGCAAAUGAGCUACAAUUGUGCCCCUCUUCGCUUCUCUGAUCACCGACCCGUCUACGCAACAUUCCAAUGUACUGUGAGUAUCAUUGAUGAAGCCAGACGCGAGGCUCUCAGCCGUGAGAUCUAUGAUAGGCGGCAGUUGGAAGUUGGUGGGACCAUUGCAAGUGGUCAAAACGAUGACACAGACGACGAGGACUUACUCGGAUAUGACUCGAUCGAAGCAGGACUUCCGCCUGCCAGCUCAGACAAGAGAAAGUGGUGGCUGGAUAACAGGCAACCAGCACGAUCUGAUCUCAAACCUCCACAGAAGACCCUGAUCCCAAAUCCUAAUCGGCCCUCAAAUCCGUACACGCCAACAGAUGAGCCAGACUGGGUAACGGUGCCACGAAUGACAAAACCUCAACAACAAACAACUAAAUCUGUAGCACCACCUCCACCGAAUCCUCGAAAUUCAAACUCCAGCUCUACCAACGGAACUCGCAACGCCCCACCUCCUUUCAACCCAACUGAGACAGCAGUUUCGACUUUAUCCAAGAACCUCGCCCAAACCUCCCUGAACAAUAAUUCAACGGCCUCUCUCCCUCUAUCAGCUUCUGACCGGCGGCUAUCUACUUCCACAAUAAGCUCGACGUCAAAGAAAGCGCCGCCACCAGUUGCACGCAAACCAAUACAUCUGACUUCAUCCCGGUCUUCAACCUCUUCCCCUACCUUAUCUGCUGCGUCAACUUUUUCUACGUCUCGUAGCCCCCUACCAUCCCAGCAGAAGCCUCGACCGACUACAGCAGAUCAUACUGGCUUUGCACCACCUCCAAGACGGAUAAGUGGUGCAGGACCUCCAUUGGGAUCUAUCUAUGGCCGAAGGGAUAUAGAAGACAGGAGAGAAGUUUCCACUGCUCCGCCCCCACCCCAGCCUCGGAGAGCUCAUCGGGCCGACCUGAACGGGCAUGCCGGUAACGGAACUGACGAGGAGGGUCCACGCCCAACUCUUCCACCUAGACGACCAACAGAUUUGUUAGGCGAUGACAACACAUCAAUAGGCAACUGGGUCGCACUGAAGCCUACUUAAAUGUUAGGAUUUGUAUUUCCAAUUCGAUCAUAUACCACGGGACAUGUGCUUUCACAAGCAAGGCUGGCCCCCAAAUUAUAUCUCGCAGAUGAGAGAAUUUAGAUUUGUCGCUUCGGUGAGGGUGGGUAUCAACGGCACAGGUCGGUAGGAAACGUACGUUGAAAGAGGCGAAAACAUUGAGAGAGAAAAACUUUGACGAACUGAUGAUUACUUUAGUAGAAUUAUAUGACUAUCGCCGGUAUGCGACCGGAAAAUUUUCAUGUCACCGUGCCCUUCCAUUCGGUGAAGAAUUGCUUUUCCGAGACUCGUUCCUUUUUCCUUUCUAUCACGACUCUGUGAAUAGGUACCUCAGCCUUGCACACAAUCAUAUCCUAUAAUCACAAGGAGGCUACUUGUAUUACCGUCAUUAGGCGCGUUAAGACAUUG